AUGCCCCGACCGCCGGUGCGUCCCGAAGACCGGAAACGGUCCACCAGGGCCUGCACUGCGUGUCGAGCGACCAAGAAGCGAUGCGACGCCGCGCAGCCAUGCCGACCCUGCGUCAAACGCGGAGUAGUCUUUGUCGGAAAUGCUUCAGCCAUUGCGUUUCUGCAAUACCUGCGAGGAAGCUUGCGUAUCCUAGGUCCAGGUUUUACCAUUAGCCAAGGAUGCCACCGCAUGUUUGAGGCACAAGUUCCCGUCCAGCGGACUGAAGACUUUGCCGACGACAUUGGAAACGCCGAGAGGAAAAUCCUGGUCCAACGAUACCUUGAUGCCUCUAGUGGACUCCUCGAUUUGUUUGACGAAUCGGAUAUCGAGAAUCUACUAGCUUUGAGCCAAACAUUCCACACUGGCUCUCUGAGAUCUGAUACUUCGAUAAACUCGGGGAGUCUCUUAUGCCUCUACAUGAUGAUUGCCAUUGGUGCCCAGUGUCGUGGCCAGACAGGUGACGCGUCGAAAGCUUUCCGGUACUUCUCGGAAGCUCGCAAGCUCUCAUUCGAAGGGAUGCUGAGCGACCCAACAUUGAACACCGCUCGAGGCUUUGUACUAAUGGCAUUCUACAUGUUUGGCGCCUGCCGUCGCAACUCAGCUUUCAUGUACCUCGGGGUUGCCACGAAAGCGGCUUCGGUCAUGGGCUUACACAUGGCGGAACAGUUUCAGUCGCUUUCAGAGACCGAGCGAAGUUUGAGGUACACCUCCUGGUUCCUUUGA